GAACCUAUGCGGCAUAGAAGUGACACAACACUGAUACCAUUUCUCAGAACGUAAAUAUCAAUUCUGUGACAAUAAAUAGCGAUUUUUGUGCAUUUAAGGAAACUACACGUAUCGUAGGCUACUUGAAGUCAUCCGCAAUCAACUACAAAGUCCGUUAGUGUUGAGUGUGUCAAUUAAAACAGGCAACUUGGUCUAUCAGUGUCAAAUUUUUGUGUUGCACACUUAAACCAAAAAUAGGCGAUUUUGAGUUAUGACUAAUCGUCUAAUCAAUGUGCGAUGAGUAACGCUCCAAACAAAUAAUUUCCGUGAACACAACAGCGCUCUGGGUGAUGCAAUAAAAAGGACCCCAGCCAACAUGUCGAACGUCUAUCUAUUUCCAAUCGCGGUGUACUUACUCUUCCAAACCACAUUCAUUUGCACAUACAUAGCCGCUAUUCUGCAGGGUCACGUCGUACCCACAGUACCGUACAUCAGUGAUGCAGCCACUUAUUCGCCAGAAAGUUGUGUCUUCGGCCAGCUCAUUAACAUCGGAUGCGUUUUGCUCGGCAUUGUUGUCUACAUUCGCUACAGACAAGUUCAACAGUUGAUUUACCAUCACAUGGAACUGGCAACAUCGUCAUACAGACUGAAUCAAGUGGCGUUGUGGAUCGGCAUUGGAUCAUGUUUCGGCUGUUCGAUUGUAGCUAAUUUCCAGGAGACCAACGUUCGCAUCGUCCAUUUCGUGGGUGCAUUUACGUGCUUCGGCUUCGGAACGAUUUACUUUUGGUUACAAGCCAUCGUCUCGUACAACAUAUCACCAUUCACCGGUUCGCUGCGACUCGCUCACAUCCGAAUCGGUUUGGCUUCGCUGUGCACCAUUUUCUUCAUCGUUGUGGCCGUUACAGGAAUCAUUUCGCACAUUCUGUUCAACGGCGAAGAUCCGAGAAAGUGGUAUCCAUCCGAUGGUGGUUGGAAAUAUCACGUCGCUAGUUCCAUAUCAGAGUGGAUUGUGUCGACGAUAUUCUGUUUGUAUAUUCUGUCGUUCAGCGACGAAUUCAAAUUGCUUACGUUUGAUCAUCCGCCGAUUGUUAUUGCUGGCUACGAGAAUGUUCAAAUUGUGGCCAGUGACACUGGUGACGAUCCGCUGUGCUAGGUGAUUAAUAGAAAAAGAAAGAGAUAAAUGCGGGAGAACAAGAAGAAACUGGGACUAUGGCACGACACGAUAAUUGUAAAUUGAUGUAAAUUCUGGAUGGAAUCUCAAAAAUUUUAGUUCAGAAUUCACUUGCAAGUUCUUUACUUCCGACUCUGGCUAAUCAAAAUUUUGUACUUUUUUAUAUGAGAAAAUCGAACACUAAACGAUUUCCUUAGCCAUUUUGAUACGGCAAAGCGUUGCCUUUACUUAAUGUUUUUCAUUUUCAAAGUUUGAAUCUAGUACAUCGUAGAGCUUAUUUUGUGGUGCAUUUAAUUUCCUUUGGGUUUGGUCAUUGCCUUCAAUAAAGUGCUGUUUCUCAAUUGUUACGACCGAUGUGAUCCUAAAUGUUGCUUUGUUUUGUGAUAAUUUACAAUAAUUGAUUAGACUUUGUGAAUUAUAAAGAAAAUUAUUUUGUUAAAUGCAAUCGAAUCGAAAACGCAAACUCCUUAAUUAUGUCGAAGAGUUCCUUUUCAACAAAUUUUGUAAAUCAUUAAGACUGGAACGAUAUCAAAGUUAUUUCAAUAGCUUGAAUUUCUAUUGGCAAAUAAAGUUUUUUUUUUUAUUUAUUUUGAAUAAA